AUGGGAGAUCACGACACAACGCCGACCUGUCUCUCCGCGGAACCCCACGGGCCCGAAGUCAUCCGGGACAUUUUGGCACAUUACUUUGGCUGCAUUGAGAUACAUGAACGUCCCAACUUCCUGUCUCGUAGUGGGAACAAGUCCUACUGGGACAAAGAAGUCCAACUUGAGAUACAGAAGUUGAACCAGCAAGAUGGAAACGAUGAGAGGAAGCAGGACUUCAGAGACCGCGCCGAGGAGAAUGUCAAGAAGAAGAUCCGCAGCCAUGCCAUUUCCAUUGAGGCACAGUAUAAACGAACAGACACUUUGCGCAGAGCUCUUGAGGGUGUCAAAUGUCCUCACGAGAGGGAUGGAGGCCAUUCUGAGGACUGCAAUCUUGUGAAGUGUCUGGCGGCAAGUUUUGACAAGUGGAGGGGUGACAAAACGACCAAGAAAGGAAUCCGGGAUAUACGCGAAUGGAAGAGGACGAAUAACAGACCUACCGACACCUUUACUCCGGACCCAAGAACAGUAGAUCUAGGCCGAUGUGAGGUUCUGGACCUCAUAGGAAGCAGUGAGAACACGGGUGAAAGUUCUGAUGACGAGGCAAAGAAAUACGAUUUGGAGCGGGACAUCAAUGGAUACAUCAUGGAAUGGGACAUCUGCAACCCUGAGCGGAAAGGGACGGAAGGCAAUGACUCUGGCCAGCUUUCCGCAUCGGCCAGCUUCAACCGACCCAGUCCUGGAUUGAGAAGGCAGUCUACGCCAGCAAUCUCGAGAACCACCACGGAGCAGCUGACGGAAGAUAUUCAACCACAACGGGAGUUUGAUCAGAGAGAGGAGUUCCGACGACCAAGUCUAGGAGUUCCGAAGGACUCGUACAUGUCCCAUGCUUCCAAGUCCUUCUACAAAUCGCUUUCUGCGGAUGAGAGAUACCUCAAGCCAACCGACAGGAAGGAUGACUACCGAUUCAAAGGCAAAUUCCCUGAUCAGAGACUGUCUCUAAGAUUCCUCCUUGGCAAAAACUUCGGAAAACCAGAGUCGAACGGCCCCGAAGAGGCAGACGAAGGCGAAGAGUCUGGGGAUGAGAGUAUUGUUCUCAACAAGAACGGCCAUCCAGAUCGGGUGCGAUACAUCCACAUCCCUCAUAACAACAUGGCAGACUCUUUCAGCUCUAUCAAGAUGCGUCAUAUGCUGACGUUUAUCAAGCAAGCCAUAGCACGCUACUUCGGUGAUCGCAAGCCGGAUCAUGGUCGCAUUUACCGAGCCCCCCCAGUCAAGACCAGAAGUCAUAUGAUCCUUCGACCUGAGUAUUGGAGAGGUCAACAACACGGAGGGAGACGGAGUAUGGUCCACGCGCGGCACAUGAGAGCGAUUUGUGAACGGGUGUCAUCUGAGAUUUGGGAUUCGGAAGACAAUCCAGGAAACGUCGUGCUUUUCAUGCCAUAUCUUCACUGGGAAGAAGACAGGAAGCGUGACAAGAUCGCCAAAAUAAUCGACGAAGAGACCGCAAAGCAUCGCAACAAGCGGGAUGACGAGGCCAAAGAAGCGAAGAAGAAUAGGGUCGACUUCCGAACCUUUGCCGGAAAACCUCUCACAACGACGAGAACGGCUCCCACUCAUCCCCCGGAAGAUCCAAACUACUUGAGUAGAAUCCAGGAGGAACUGAAGAAGAGAGCAUCUAUGGCUUCACUUCCCGGGAUCCAUCGCACUGUUACCGAGGUCGCAAAAGGUUUCGCUGAUAGGACCGGACCAGCAAAGGAUGAAAAGCACGAAGACGGGCAGCAACAGCUAUGGUACGUGGCCAAGCUGAAAGCCGACGGCCAUGGGAAAAUCAAGGCCAGAAGCAAACUUGGUCAGCUUCUACUUGAUGCUGCUAGGCUUUACGAGGCCAUUGCUAUAUACAGGGAUGAACAGCUUCUGAAGAAGUAUCUUCACCAUGAUCCUCCGCUGCAUCCUCGGCGAACACUCGAUCAAUCCUACUAUUGGACUUUGAAGACAACAAAGGCUCGCGACCGAGACCAAGUCGUCUAUCGAGGUACCACAAUGGACGACAGAAACAUGCAUCGUUUCCGCGAGCUAGGCAAGAAAGACUGUACUGAAGAAGAGGGAUGGAUUCGCAAACACUUGGCCCUGGAGAGACUGCUGCAUCAUAAAACGGAUGAUCUUUGCGAGCGCAAUCGCGACCCUGACAACACUUCGGACACGUUCAGAUGGGACGAUCACUGGAUAGGAACAGACACCAACGGUUGCGAUCAUUGCCGUGGUGAGAUCCGCAAGGUUUCUCGAGUUGUCAUGGUUGACCAGCUUUGGAUGUGGAUACUCGACAAAAAGACGAUCAUUACCAGCUUCCCCAAGCGGUACGGAGCGAACAAGCAGUAUCCCUCAGGCGUGCACAAAUCAAUCCGGACACGAAUCAAGAAUGCUCGGAAGAACCAGAUCCGUUCGGUCUUUGACGUGGCGCUGAUCAUCCUGGACGAGUGCUCUAAUACCUUCUUUGAUCGCACCAAGACCCCGGAUCGGCACCCUCAGGUCAUGGAUAUAUUUGGGGACGCUAUUGGAAACUUGAUCAAAGACCUGCUCGACCUCAAGCAACAGCAAGCUAGCAUUUUGCAAGCUUGGCAGUCGGUUAAACAAGCGGAUGAGACUGUUCGGCAGGGCAGGUCCAUCAUGAUUUUCACCAUUGUGACAAUCAUUUUCCUUCCGUUAUCUUUCAUGUCCAGUGUUUUCGGCAUGAAUAACUCGACCAUCGGAUCAGACAAGAUGACCUUUGGCGAUCAGGCGAACUUCAUGUUCCCGAUCUCGGCUGCUGUAAUUUCUGUGUCGAUCAUUUUCGCCUUUUGGACCUUCCCGCGAACUGUCUUCUGGUCAGCUUAUAAGAUGCUCGAGACCUGGGUCCUGGUAUAUACUGGAGCCUACUAUGUCUGGCUUGUGGUUUGGGACAAGUAUAAGAAGUUUAUGAAAAGUGACGAUCUUCUCAAGAACUUAGAGCAAGAAGUCAACAGGAUCAAGGGCAAGGUGAAAGACUCAAGAAAAAAGCGUCUGGACAGGAACCUAGACCAGAAGACCGACCAGAGAAACACUGACACUAAUGGAAACAAGCCUCAAGGCAGGAGGAGUCUACAGAAUGUGCAUAAUUCCGCACUGUACACUGAGCAGGAAGGGCUACGAGAACAAGGAUCUGAUACUUCUAAGACUGAAGUAGAAUCGCGUAGUCGUGGUUCUUGGCGAUCUAGGCGGCCGUUUUGGCGCAGUCCUAAGGAUCAGGGCUCCGGUCAGGCCGCUGAGGUCUAA